AUGGGGUCUCGGGCACCAGCAGCGUCCCGGCGCCAUGACCCAGGCCCCAGCUUUGGCCAGGUGGCUCCUGAGGUGAUCGAGGACACGCUGAUCCAUUUGGCCACGGAGAACGAGCAGCGCCUGAGUGAGCUGCCGGGCCAGGCCGGGCGCUUCAAGGAGAGACAGAUCGUGGAAUUUAUAUUCCUUUUGUCUGAAAAAUGGCACUUGGACCCAUCAGCAAGGUACCGAGCAGUGGAGUUGUUUGAAAGGUUUAUGAUCAAGCAAGCAGACCAAAUCUGUAAGGCCUUCAGGGAGAAGGUGAAAAGCUGUGAACAAGGAGAAAGCAGCUGGAGCUCCUGGAAGGAUCAGAUGUACAAGGCGUUUGUCCUGCGGCUCGUGUCGUGCGUCCAGCUCGCCAGCAAACUGUCCUUGCACUAUAAUAUAGUUAACAGUGACACAGCUUUAAAAUUUCUGCAGUCCUUAAAAUACUCCUGCACGAAGCAGGAAUUGCUUGAGUCAGAGCUCGCUGUUUUAAAAACUCUGCAUUUCCAGAUCAACCUGUCAACUCCUCUGGCUUAUGUGGAAUUGCUUCUAGAGGUUUUAGGGCACAAUGGCUGCCUGCUGCCUGCCAGGCCACUGCACCAGAUGUGUGUGCAGAUCCUGGACUUCUCCUACCUGACACGGGACUCCAUCUAUGACACUUUGCUGAAGAUUGCCAUCGAAAAUUCAACACCCAACAAGCUGCAGGUAGCAAAGUUUCUGUCGGUAAAAGAAGAUUCCAUGCUCUUGGCUGUUGGAAUCAUCAGCACAAGCGUGUUCACCCUGGACCCCAGGCACUGGAGGCAGGUUGUGGAGCAUUUAACCUGUAUCACAGGCAUCACUUCACAGAGUAUCCUAGAACUGUCCUAUGCGGUGCUGGAGGAGGUGGUUGGCAGUGCCACACCAAAGCAGCACCAUGGCAACGGGGGCACACAAGCUCUCAAGAACACAAUUAUGACUCUUAAAUAG